AUGGAAUCUCUGUGCCAAGACCUGAAGUUCACAGUCCAAGAAACCUCUCUCGUUUUCCCAUCUCACGGGACCAAAAAGACGAUGUUCUUGUCUAACGUCGAUCAAGUUCUCAACUUUGAUGUCCAAACGCUGCAUUUCUUCCGACCCAGCAAGGAUUUUCCGCCGGAGAUCGUGUCGGAGAUGCUGAAAGACGGGGUGGGAAGAGCAAUGGAGAGCUACGAGUUCGUGGCCGGGAGAUUACGCACUAACCCUAGCUCGGGACGGCUAGAAGUCGAGUGUAACGGGGCGGGGGCCGGGUUCGUGAGGGCGAGGAGUGAGUGUACGUUGGACGAACUCGGGGACUUGGUUUAUCCAAACCCGGCAUUUGCGAAUCUGGUCACAAGUCGUUUGGAGAAUUUGCCCGAAGAUGAUCAACCUAUAUGUACCUUUCAGAUAACGUCGUUCAAGUGCGGUGGAUUUGUCAUGGGAGUGUCCACAAACCAUGCAGCGUUCGACGGAUUAAGUUUCAGAAACUUUCUUGGGAACUUAGCCUCUCUAAUCUCAAACAAUUCUCUAUCGGUCACGCCUUGCAACGAUCGCCGCCUUCUUCAAGCUCGGUCUCCACCGCAAGUCACGUUCACUCACCACGAGCUCGUUCAGAUCCAAGAUUCCACCUCGCAAGUCUUCGAAGCCACUUCACAAGAUUUGGACAUCGAGAUACUGAAGCUUGGAUCCCGAGAAAUCGAUAAGCUGAAAGAGAAAGCGGGCCGGGGAGAGAGCAGUUGUGUCCGAAUCACGAGCUUUAACGUCGUCACUGCCCUUAUAUGGAAGUGUAAGGCGCUCUCUGUCCCUGUCGGAACGGAUCGAGAUCCAAGAAACGAGGAUCUUGAUGAGAAGGAAUCGACGAUUCUUUACGCGGUUGACAUCAGGUCGAGGCUGAAUCCUCCUCUGCCGUUUUCUUACACGGGAAACGCUGUGUUAACCGCGUACGCAAGGGCCAAACGCAAGGAACUGCUUCGAGAACCGUUCUGGAGAAUCGUGGAGAAGGUCGAGGGAGGUGCGAAGAGGAUGACGGACGAGUACGCAAGGUCUGUGAUCGACUGGGGAGAGAUGCACAAGGGGUUUCCGCACGGCGAAGUGUUGGUCUCGUCGUGGUGGAAACUAGGGUUUGCUGACGUGGAAUUUCCUUGGGGGAGACCAAAGUAUAGUUGCCCUGUCGUGUAUCACAGGAAAGACAUCAUCUUGUUCUUACCCGACAUCGAUCCAUCGAGCAAAGGCGUUAAUGUCUUGGUUGCCUUGCCUCCCAAGGAAAUGGAAAUUUUUCAAGCCUUGUUUCAAGAGUUCUUGGCUUGAA